AGACCGGCGUGUCCGCGCUGGACCAGAGCAUCGCGGAGUCCGAGGCGAAGAUCGAGGCCCUCGGCAGCAGCAUCAAGGAGCUGUCCGAGAAAAAGGCGUCCACCGAGGCCGCGCUGCAGGAACCCGAGCACACCGCCAGCCGCGCCGAGGCGAAGGAGACGAUGAGCAAGGCCACCGCGCUGAGGGACACUGAGAGCAAGGCGGCCCUCAAGUUCAAGUCGGAGAGCGACAUCAACAUCAGCGCCAUCGCGGCCGCCGUCAAGGCCAUCGAGAACGGGAUGUCAGGGUCCUUCUUGCAGACGUCGAGCGCGAACAAGCUGCGCCAGUACGCCAUGGAGAAGGCGACCAUGUCAGACACCGACCGCCAGGAGAGACGGCCCUGCUGUCCUUCCUCUCCGCCUCCAGCGACUACGCCCCCAAGAGCGGCCAGAUCGUCGGCAUCCGGAGAUGGGCGACGAAAUGGCCGCCGCCCUGGCGGACGACCAGAAGGCGGAGGCCGAGGCGCAGGCGAGUUACGACCAGAUGAUGGCGGCCAAGACGAAGGAGGUGAACACACUCACCGCGCAGAUCGAGGAGGACCGAUGACGCGGCUCGGGGAGGUGAGCGUGAUGCUGGGCGAGGACGGCAACGACCUGGAGGAGACCAAGGACACGCUGGCGGAGGAUACCCAGUACCUGGCCGAGCUCAAGAAGGGCUGCGCUACCAAGGAGGCCGAGUGGGAGGCGCGCUGCAAGGUGCGCGCCGAGGAGAGCUUGUCGCGCUGUCGGAGACCAUCGAGGCCCUGAACGCCGACGACGCGCUGGACCGAGCUUUUCAAGAAGACGUUGCCCUCCGC